AAAGAGGUCUGUUGCUGCCAUGCCGACGAAAUUGAAAAGAGAAUCCAAACAACAACUAGCUGCAUUCAUAGAGGAAAAGGACACAUAACUGCCAAUAGUGCCAAAAUGACUGAUGAAAAAUAUAAAAUGGUGAACAACAUUCCUGCAGAUAUAUCUGUGGCUCGAUUUGCUACUGUAAGAGCUCAAGAAAUUGUUGCACUUACCACAAUGAUAGAAAAUCCUCAAACCACAAAGUUAAUUUUUCAAAAACUGCCAUGUCAUAUGAGAAGGAGAGCUAUGAGCCAUAAUCCAAAUAGGAUGCCCAGAGCUUUGAGAGAGGCACACAAGGCUCAAAUGGCAAAAAGUGGUCCAGCUUUAAAGCCAAAAAGACCUAGAAGGAAAUAUCGACGGAGACCAAGCAGACUCCUUGAAGAGUAUAAGAAACGAUCUAACAAAAUUUCUUGGCUUGAAACACACUUGUGGCAUGCCAAAAGGUUUCAUAUGACUGCCAAAUGGGGCUAUCGACUUCCUGAAAAGUCUUGUGCUCGUGGUCACAGAUUUUGCUACCGUUCUGUAGCUGAGCAUUGCAUACUUCUGGAUAUAUCUUACUUGUGUUGCAUUGAAAUACAAGGGCCACAGAAUGCAAUCAUUGAUGGUCUUGCCCCGCUUUGUGAUCCUAAAACUGGCACCACCUUUGGCGCUUCUUCUUUGCUAAAUGGAACUCGGGAAGGUCGAGUUACGGUUUUUCAAAGAAAUAGCUUCUCGCGAGGUCCUAUAGGCUUGGUGAAUUUUUUGUGGCGACACGGAGAAACAGCUGAUAUGCGGACCUUGUGGAUAUGGUGCCACCCAGCAUUCUAUGAACAGUUUUUGGUGGAGCUCAAAUCUGGUUAUGGAUCAGACCCUGAUUCAAAAAUUCAGCAAACCAAGAUUAACAUCACUUUGAACAAAGGGAAGUUAAAUCGGUUUAGAUUGCGAGGACCCUCCGCACAUUCUGUCUUAUCAAAUCUACUAGAUAAAGACAUCCGGAAGGUUUUUAUUGCAUCACAGACCCCUGGAUUUGUCACCGGUGUAGACGUCCGAGAUCCUCGUAUGAUUCUUCCACAAUCUCGGGUUAAGGAGUACACUUCCAUGCCAGCCCAAUGUGAAACCGUAAUGACGAGCGGUAGUAGAUUAUGGGAUGCCAGCGUUCGAGAUCAAAUUGCCCAGAGGCGAACUUCGUUCCCUGACUAUGUUGUCAAUAACCGGCGCAGUCAGUUACUGGUUCCUGGAUCUGAGCUGCCCAUUCAACCAGAAGAGAUUCCCAUACCACUAUUACUUGUGAAUGCAUCUUACGAGAGUUGCGAUUUCGUUCCUGGUUGUGACGUUAUUAUCCCGGCUGGAUGGGCUACAGCUUUCUGGCUUGCACUGACAUAUAGUGGAGGGCAUGCGGGAGGCCUGAAAGAUGUGGAAAGCAUGAAUUUUGAAUAUCGAAUUUGUCGUGAUCUAUGCCUAGAGGUCGAUAGCGACGCUGGAAAGAUUGCGGCCGCUGAACAGAAAAUCAAACUAAUGGAAGAAUACUUUCGUAGACCACCUAAAACGAGAAUCAACUUCAUAAAAUUAGGGACUCCGUUCCCCUUCAGUAUUGACUGGAAUCGUCUCUUAAUAGACUGGGAUUAUCAAGUGGAACACAGUUUCACUGUGCUACGUGAUAAGAAGCUACUGAAUACGUUAUUGUUGAAAAAGCAAAAUUUACUAUCAGAGCUUUUCUUCUCUCACUCGCACUUGGUGGCUGUGACAAUUCGAUUGACACAUGGUUCACCUGGUGAUUUCGCAAUGAUCUGCCUACCAAAAACGGAUGACAAAUUCAACUCAACAAUAAAUGAACCUAUUCAUCAGGAUCCAGGUGCCAAAGAACGGAAGAUAUUACGUCAGCAGCACAGCGCACUGUUAAAAAAUCUUGCCAAGAAGAGAAAAGAAUGUCGAAGGUCAGAUGACAAUGUUACAGAUUUUUCCAGUGCCGCAGUAAUUGCUAUUCAUAAGGAAAAAAUGCGUUCGUUAUGGUUACCAAUGUCUUGCAAUUUGAAGACUUCUUAUGCACGGCCGGUAAUAGGAUUCGUUACCCAGGGAGAUUUCGGCCUCAGUGAAGGAAAAGGUAUUGGUCGUGGAUACAUAGUCAUUAGUUCCGUUUCACAGAUUUCUGCAUCACUUGUGUUGGUUCGAAAUCCUGGAACAAGCUUGUAUAUGUGGGCCGAAAUUGCAUUCUGUUAAAUACAUUGAAACCUUCAACUGAA